AUGGCCCGAAACGCAGAGAAAGCGCAGUCUAUGCUCUUCCGUUUCCGCGCCCAACAAGCAUCCGACCUCGGCAUCCUCGACAUCAACAAGACCCGCCGCCCAAAAGCGAUCAGUGUCCAAGAACAUAUCCCCACCUGUGAACGAUGGCGUGGUCAAGUGCUCAAGGAGGUCUCACGGAAACUCACCAAGAUCCAAGAUCCCGCGCUCAGUGAUUACCAGAUCCGAGAUGUGAACGAUGAGCUCAAUCGAUUAUUCAAGGAGAAAUGGCAGUGGGAAGUACGAAUAAAGGAACUGGGAGGGCCGAAUUAUAUGCGUGGUGGUGGACGAGUGACGGAUGAUGAGGGGAGGGUGAUUGAGGGGGGUGGGAAGGGGUACAGAUAUUUUGGGCGGGCGAGAGAGUUACCUGGUGUGAAGGAAUUGUUUGAGGCUGCGACGCGGAAACCUGACGAUGAGAGGAAGAAGGAGUCGCGGCAGCAACUAAGCAUGAGAGUCGAUGCGGGGUAUUAUGGGUAUAAUGUUGAUGAGCAGGAUGGCAGCCUACUUGCUUAUGAGGUUGAGAAGGAGAGGGAGGCGUAUGAGAUGUUGAUGGGUGAGGAUGAGAAGGUGGAGGAGACGUGGGAGCCUUUGCCUGGUGAUGUGGGGGAUGGAGUGGUGUGGAAACUUCCUACGGCUGAGGAGGUCGAGGCAGAGUUGCUUGAUAGGCGGAAACGGACGUUGCUGGAAAAGCUGUAG